AGGCUGCGCGCCCUCCGCGCUGUCGGCUGCGGGUGCGAGUCCCAGCCGUGCUCCGCACCUAGUCUCCGGCGCCACCACACGCCCUUGGCCUUCGCCCUGGCCUGCCGCCCUCCCCGGGGCCGGGCGCCCCUCUCGAGGCGAGACUCGCCGGCAGCUGGGAAGGGGCCCCCACAAACUUGAUCGUAAGCUCAGCGCCGACCUCCGGCAGGGCGCGCGGGGCAGGCGGAGGAGAGGUCGCUGCCCGCACUUCCUGCCACCGCCGCGCCAACUGAGUCGGCAGGAAAAGUUUUCUCGACGAGGGCAGGCGUGUCCUCCUCACCCAGGGGAGGCGCGGGUUCGGCAGUUCCCGGGCCGGGGCCGCGCAGCUAGGUCAGAGAAGCGGAGGAGAAAGGAACAGGGUCGUGAAGAGCCUAGCCCUACAACUUCUAGCCGGGACGGUCGGGCCCGCCCCCGCGGCACCGCCCCCGCCUCCCCCAACUGAGCCCCUUCCUGCCGCCGCCGCCGCCACUGGGCCGGUGUGUACCCUGGACUCCGGGGCGCACGAAUUGAUGAGUUUCCUCAGAGCUAGCAUCCGCUUGCCGGCCUCUCCCGCCCCCAGCCGUCUCUACCUUCCCCCUCCCGAACCCAGGCUGCGCGGGGAGGUGCAGGGGGCGGGCGGUGGCAACGCGGGGAGAAGGAAAAGGAGAGCAGGGAGAAAAGGACCGUCCCCGGAGAGAAGCCCGCUCCAGCUGCAGCCGCGAUCCCCCUCCCUCUUUCCCGCCCCACAAACGCGGAGAUGGCGGCGGCAGCGGCGAAAGGAAGCGCCGGUUCUCCAGCGCCACUUGGCGCUCCAGCACCGCCUGCUACGAGCAGGAGGAGACAGCGGCGGCGCGGCGGCCGCCGGGUCAAUAAGCGCCGACAGCCCCUGAGCCGAGCGGGCGGCUGGCCCCGCCCCCUCCCGACGCUCCGAGUUGAGGGGGCGGGCCCCCCGGCGCCCAAUCGCAGAGCGUCACCGGCCGGACCCGCCCCGCGCCUGCCUCCCAGUGUCCCGGCGGUAGGAAGACCUCACAAGGCUCUUGUGACCUGGCAGGCAGCUUUCUGGGAGUUGAGGCCUUCGGAGGCGUUCAGGCGCCAGCACCCCACGUCCAACAGGGGUUGAACUUACACCCCACUUCCCUUUGUUGCCCAGGUUUCCUAUCCUAGGACACUCGGGCCUGGCGUGCCUGGAAGAGUACUUAGUGAAGGGCUGGAGGAAAUGCAAGAGAAGAGGGCUUGCACAUUCUCUUCGGGCUAUUUCCUCCUUUGGUCACAGCCUGUUGAAACCUGGGGGAAAGGAGACUGACAAAGGGCCGUCCAGGCACAUGUAGAAACAUCUGACUGCGAAUUCCAUGAGUGUAAUCUGAGAAGUGAUGCUUAUGCCAGUUAUUGAUUGCCUCUCAGCUCCAAAUUCACCCUUUUUGACUGCACUGUAAAAAUGGAUCUGAGCCUUUUAAACAGUUUUUCGUUUGCCUUCUGGGACUGAAGCUUUGUCAGUAGAGGGCGCUGAAGAGACAUUACAGAAAAAAAGGAUUUUGCUUCCUGGUUUCUGUGUAUUGAUAGGCUUUUGCAGCAUACCUGGCUUUCUCCAGUGCCAAGAUCCUAUAGUGCUCAGUAACUAGCAAUUUCCUCUCCCGUGCCCAACUCCAGGAGCUUUGUAGAGGAGGUGAGACACUACCCCAUGCAUAACUUCCCUGGUACCCUAGAGGUAUUUGCAGCAAGUUGCAGAGGGCACAUGUUCCACAAGCUUUGCAGGCGUAGCCCAAUGGUGACUUCUCUGCUAUUCAGUGAGCCAGGUCAUGCCCUCUCCAAAAAGGUCUAGAUCUUAGCCCUGGGAGGAAUUGGGGAGAUUCUUCAUUGGGCACUCUGUCUCUCAGUCCAAGAGUUAGUUAUAAGGUUAGCUCCUUAUACCUGCUGUUGCUAUAUUCUUUAAAGUUCUCUUUUCACUAGUGAAUCCUUCAUUACUCUAAUUCUCUAUUAUAGUUAAUAAUUCUUUUUAUUAAGCCUUCCCUGUCCCAGGAGUAGUCCCAAGAAAUAGACCUGAAAAGAUGGGAUUAAAGGUCAGUUUGAUUGAGGUUUUGAGCUUGAGCUCCUUGCCAAAGGGAAAUGUAAUUCAUGACAUGCUGGGCAUCUCAAUUAAGCAAUUACCUGUGGUUGAUCCUGAUGAAGUGCCAACUGAAGCCUGUGCCUUGGGGGCCCAAGUGGCUGCUACACUUGACUGCUAUGGUUGUAAAGGUGACUAGAAAGACUGGUGUGGGAUGGAUUCUUUUGAGUGGUUAGUUAUAAAGAGAAAUGAAAGCACAGGUUUUUUAACUCUCAGAGUUAUGGCAUGAGAACCAGAGAUAUUCUGUAGAAUUCUAAAAGCUCUGGUUUAUUGUAGCGACAAGAAUGAUGCUGAGAAACAAAAUUUUAAUUUUCAUGUUACUAAAUUAUAACUGCUAUUAAAUUCAUACACAUUCUCAGUUUUUCACGUAAAA